UUCAGCUCGCUUCGUUUUUUUUCGCUAUUAUUUUUUCCUGCUGUUCAUAAGAAAUUCAACCCGAAAUGGUCGUCUUUGGCGAAGCUCCAAAAUGCCCUCGGUGCAGCAAAAGCGUGUAUGCUGCAGAGGAGGUUAUCGGCCCCGACGGCCCCUGGCACCGGUCCUGCUUCAAGUGUAAGGAAUGCCAGCGGCGACUGGACUCGACGACGAUGACAGAGCACGAGCACGAAGUGUAUUGCAGGACGUGUCACUCGCGCAUGUUCAGGCCUGGAGCGCGCAAUGCGAUCUCAGGCGCCGCUGCGGCUCCACCGCCGCCAGUCAAUGCACGCCCGGUCGCUCAGUAUGCCGAGUCGCCACAGAACACCCGAGUCGAUUCGCGCGACCAGCAAGCACCGGCGCUGCCCCAGCGCAGCAUUGCAACAGUCAGCAGCAGCUACCGAGACCAGACAGCACCGGAGGCGCCCCAGCCGCCGCAGAUACCACCCCGGACAACGCCAUCGCGCAGCAGCGUGACGGUGGGCGGAUACAAGCACGUGGGCGACAUCUCGCCGUCAAGCGUGUUCAGCUCGGGGCGGCCGCGGUUCAAUGUGGCAGCCAACAAGGACAUCUGCCCGCGGUGCAGCAAGCAGAUCUACCACGCCGAGAAGGUCGUUGGCCCCCGGGGCCCAUGGCACAAGGCGUGCUUCCGAUGCAAGCGCUGCAGCACGUCGCUGAGCUCGGCCACGGUGACAGAGCACGACGGCGAAGCGUUCUGCCGCAACUGCUACACGAAGCUGUUCAGCCCGCGCGGCUACAACAUCGGCGGGUCCACCGAGACUGUAAGCGAGGCCGGGAUUACGCGGUCCCGCGCCACGUCCAGCUCCACCGACCACUCGCAGUCCCCGACUCGCAGCAGCCGCGCCGCCAGCAAUGCUGUGCCGCCAAUGCCCCUGGUGUCGCCAUACUCGGCCAGCCCUCCGCGGCAGCACAUGCACAGCGGCAGCCUCGACGGUGGAUCGCGCGGCCCGGCGCUCGGCUCAUACAACACCAGCACUAUUAGUGCGGCAUCGGCGGCUGCGGCUGCGGCUGCGGCAGUGGCAUCGUCGGUGGGCCCGCCGUCGCCGGUGCAGACCGCGCCUCGGCCCGGCUCGUCGCGGGGCGGGCUGUAUGGGCGCGCAUACCAGCCCAAGAAAAUGGCGUUCAACGUGCCAGCCGACAUCUGCCCGCGAUGCAACGACCGCAUCUACGCAGCCGAGGCCGGCGUUGCUGCUGGCCGCAAGUACCACAAGAAGUGCAUCCGCUGCAGACUCUGCAACACAACCAUCAGCUCGCUGCAGCUGACCGAACGCGAUGGCGAGAUCUACUGCCGCCAGUGCUACGCGAAGCACUUUGGCCCAAAGGGAUUCCGCCCGACGCUGGGCCCGGCAAUUAACGACUACUAG